AUGUCUACUACCACAGCAGAAGAAAUAGUUGCUCCAAUCAGUAAGAAUGAAAUGUAUUUGGAUUAUGUGAAACAAGCUGCAGUUGGAAUUCUAAUGGGUGCUUUACGAAGUGUAUCUUCACAACAAAAACUUACACCAAAUGAAUCGUUACAUGUAUUUUUUCAGCCAUCAAAUAGAGACUCAUUAAAUUUAAUGGAUGAUCUGUUACGCGAUUAUAUUCAAACAUGUUGUAACGAAUUUUGUUCGGUUUACGAUGAUGUUUAUAUUAACACGACAAUUCCUUUAAAAGAAGCUCUAGAUUUAAAUGGUAAUCAUUAUGUUUUCAGUCAUUUUAAUAAAAUAUUUCAAAAUAGUCGUUCAAAUCUUAUUCCUGGUCCAAAACAUCUGAAUUGUUUGGCUAUGCGCACAGCAAUUAAUUAUAUGCCAUUACUUUUUUCAACAAUUUUAUCUCAAUAUAAAGAACAACAUAUGGGAGGAACAAGAAGUAGUCAUGAUGGAAAUUGGAGUGAAGCUGAAAAAAAUAUAGUUCGUUGGGUAUUGAAAAAACUUGUUCAAAAAUCAAUCGAUUGGUUAAAUACAAAUAAACAAGAAGAAUUAAAGAAAAUACCGUUUGUUUGUCAAGAAGAUGAUAGUUGUAAUGAAAAUUGGGAUUUAUUUAACUUUUCUCAAGAUAAUCAAGUAAUUGCUGUUGCAAAUAUAAAAAAACUCUGGAGUGAACUUGAACAAACUGAACAAUAA